CAAUUGAAUUGUUAUUAGGUUUACCCACUAAAGGUCAUUCUUAGUUUUAAUAGUGUGUGAGUAGGUGCUGUGAGGAAUAGAUGCAAUAAAUAGAAACAAAUUAAAAAUGAAUAAUUAUAAUCCAUCCAGACAAGAUUAUAUGAAAUAUAUGCACGUGUUGCCGAUGGACACACAGGAAGAUAACAGUGAAACUAAUCAAAUUAAUGAUAUCAACCAAACAAAUGGAAUCAAUCAAAAAUAUGAAAGCAAUCUAAAAAAAGGUAAAAGGUUGCGCAGCGCAUUCACGACCGACCAAGUAAAUAUAUUAGAAGCAGAAUACAAAAGAUUUCCUUAUCUUUCAAGUACUAAACGCAGUGAAUUAUCCACAUUGUUAAAUGUCCCUGAAAAGUCCCUCAAAAUAUGGUAUCAAAAUCGUCGAGUGAAGGAAAAAAAGGAACUCCAAGAAUUAACUGAGAGCUUACUAAUGAAUGAAUGUGAUCAGUCAUCAGUUAAUGAAGAACAACGUUCAUUACCAGUACUAUUAAGUGAAAGUGAUUCGGAUAGACAAAUGGAUCAAUCUGUUGAAUCAGCACCUGCAACAUCACAUCAGCCAUCGGCAUCUGCAACAGCACUUCAGCCAUCGGCAUAUGCAACAUCACAUCAGUCAUCGACAUCUAUAAUGUCACAUCAGUCAUCGGCGGCAUCUGCAACAUCACAUCAGUCAUCGGCAUUUGCAAUAUCAAAUCAGUCAUCGACAUCUAUAACGUCACAUCAGUCAUCGGCGGCAUCUGCAACAUCACAUCAGUCAUCGGCAUCUGCAACGACGACUUCGUUCGCUCAAAAUACUGCGACUGAAACUAAAAUAAAUCAUCCUCCUUCCAUAUUUAUCAAUACUGACAAAUUAUCAUCACAUCCAAAAUCAUCUGCCGAACUAUCAAUUGAGCUAUUCAAGAAAUACAAUGAACUCUUAUCAAAGUCAAUUUACAAUGAAGAGCCGAGUCAAAAAGACGAAGAUGAAAUAAGGGAAUGCCGGGAAUCAUUGAAUACGCAACAGUCGCAACUAGAACAUCUAGCACAAAACAGAAACACAAAUGUACCUGUGGAACUAGAUUGGGACAUGAAUGAACCUGUGACACAUACUAGUACAAUGAACGAACCUGUAGCACAUACUACUAAAAUGAACGAACCUGUGGCACAUACUAGUAGGAUGAACGAACCUGUGGCAGAUAGUAGUAGGAUGAACGGACCUGUGGCACAUACUAGUAGCAUGAGUGAACCUGUGGCAUAUACUAGUCAGAAUAACGAACCUGUGGCACAUACUAGUGGGAUGAACGAACUUGUGGCAUAUACUAGUAGGAUAAAUGAACCUUUGGCACAUACUUCAAGGCUAAAUACACCUGUGGCACAUACCAGUAGAGUGAACGGACCCAUGGCAGAUACUAGUAGGACGUACGAACCUGUGGUACAUACUAUUAAGAUUAACGAACCUGUGGCACAUACUGGUAGCAUUAACGAACCUGUGUCACACAAUAGUACGAUUAACCAAUCUGUGGCACAUACUACUAGGAUGAAUGCACCUGUGGCACAUACUAGUACGAAUAACGAAUCUGUGGCACAUAUUAGUAGGAUGAACGAACCUGUGGCACAUACUAGUAAAAUGAACGAACCUGUGGCCUGUACUAGUAGCAUAGACAAACCUGUGGCAUAUACGAGUACGAUGAACCAACCUGCGGCACAUACUGCUAAGAUGAAUGCACCUGUGGCACAUACUAGUAGGAUGAAUGGUCCUGUGGUACAUACUAGUGGGGUAAAUGCACCUGUGGCAUAUACUAGUAAGAAGAAUGCACCUGUGGCACAUGCUAGCAUGAUGAAUCCACCUGUGACACAUACUAGUAGAAUGAAUGCACCUGUGACACAUACUAGUAGGAUGAAUGCACCUGUGGCACAUACUAGUAGAAUGAAUGAACCUUUGGCACUUACUUCAAGGCUAAAUACACCUGUGGCACAUACUAGUGGGAUAAAUGCACCUGUGGCACAUACUAGUAAAAUGAAUGCACCUGUGACACAUACUAGUAGGAUGAAUGCACCUGUGGCACAUACUAGUGGGAUAAAUGCACCUGUGGCACAUAUUAGUAUAAUGAAUGCACCUGUGACACAUACUAGUAGGAUGAAUGCACCUGUGGCACAUACUAGUAGAAUGAAUGAACCUUUGGCACAUACUUCAAGGCUAAAUACACCUGUGGCACAUAUUAGUGGGAUAAAUGCACCUGUGGCACAUAUUAGUAUAAUGAAUGCACCUAUGAGACAUACUAGUAGGAUGAAUGCACCUGUGGCACAUACUAGUAGAAUAAAUGAACCUUUGGCACAUACUUCAAGGCUAAAUACACCUGUGGCACAUACUAGUGGGAUAAAUGCACCUGUGGCACAUACUAGUACGAAUACUGGACCUGUGGCACAUACCAGUAGGAUGAACGGUCCUGUGGCACAUACUAGUGGGGUAAAUACACCUGUAGCAUAUACUAGUAAGGAGAAUGCACCUGUGGCACAUGCUAGUACGAUGAAUGCACCUGUCACACAUACUAAUAGUAUGAAUGCAUUUGUGGCACAUGCAAUUGCGAUGAAUACUCCUGUGGCACAUGCUAUUGCGAUGAAUGCUCCUAUGGCACAUGCUAUUGCGAUGAAUGCUCCUGUGGCACAUGCAAUUGCGAUGAAUGCAUCUAUGGCACAUACCAGUACAAUGAAUGCACCUGUGACACAAAAUAGACAAAUGAAUGCGCCUGGGGCACAAACAAGUAAAAAGAAUGAGCCUGUGGCGGUUCCUCAGGCUAUGUUGAAUAAUCCUGGAUUUAUGUCAUCAGUACCAAUGGUUCGUCCAUUUUAUCCGCAGGCCUUCGUUCCUGGUAUUUGGAAUCCUAUGGGAGGAAUAAUGCCUUUAGGCGUACCGAUAUCAAUACCACCGUCUUUAAUGCAACAUAUGUGUAUGCCUUCAGAACUAUGUAAGUGUGAAUGUCAUGAAGAACAAAAAUCGACGCCGCAACAGCAAGUUCGCCAAGGUUUGCCACAACAAAAUGCACCUUAAGCCUUUGUUUUUCCUGUACCUCUUCAAAAGCCCUAGUACAUUCACGAUUUUUUUAUAUUACUGUUAAAAUAAUUGUCAGAUAUUUUUUCGUUUCAUGUAGACACUCAAUUUUAGAAUGAACUCUUUGUCGUCCCAGUAUAGUCAAUCA